ACUGGCGGAUGGCGGACUCACAGCUGUUCUGCGUGGCCGAGGAGCGCAGCGGCCACUGCGCGGUGGUGGACGGAAACUUCCUCUACGUGUGGGGGGGUUACGUGUCUAUUGAAGACAAUGAAGUGUAUUUACCUAAUGAUGAAAUCUGGACCUAUGAUAUUGAUAGUGGGCUGUGGAAAAUGCACAUCAUGGAAGGAGAGCUCCCUACGGCCAUGUCUGGAAGCUGUGGUGCCUGCAUUAAUGGAAGGCUGUACGUUUUUGGAGGAUAUGAUGACAAAGGCUACAGCAACCGACUCUACUUUGUUAAUUUACGAACAAGAGAUGGAACUUAUGUUUGGGAAAAAGUCACCAAAUUUGAAGGACGACCACCCACCCCACGUGAUAAACUUUCCUGCUGGGUGUAUAAAGACAGAUUAAUAUAUUUUGGUGGUUAUGGGUAUAGGAGACAUAGUGAACUUCAAGACUGUUUUGAUGUUCAUGAUGCUUCUUGGGAAGAACAGAUAUUCUGGGGAUGGCAUAAUGAUGUCCAUGUAUUUGAUACAAAAACACAGACUUGGUGUCAACCAGAAAUUAAAGGUGGCGUUCCUCCACAGCCGCGAGCCGCUCAUUCUUGUGCAGUUCUUGGAAAUAAGGGUUAUGUCUUUGGCGGACGUGUUUUGCAAACUAGGAUGAAUGACUUGCACAUUCUGAACUUAGAUACCUGGAUUUGGUCUGGAAGGAUUUCAAUUGAUGGAGAAAGCCCAAAGAAUCGAUCAUGGCAUACUUUAACUCCAAUAUCUGAUGACAAACUUUUUCUAUUUGGUGGACUAAGUGCAGAUAAUAUUCCAUUAAGUGAUGGUUGGGUUCAUAAUGUAAUAACAAAUUGUUGGAAACUUAUACAUUUACCUUACACAAGACCCAGGUUAUGGCAUACAGCAUGUUUGGGAAAAGAAAAUGAAGUAAUGGUAUUUGGUGGGAGCAAAGAUAACUUACUUUUUUUGGAUACAGGUCACUGUAAUGAUUUAUUGAUCCUUCAAACCCAGCCCUAUUCAUUACUAAGGUCAUGCCUUGACUGUAUUGGUAAAAAUGCUAUUAUUUUAAAAAGUCAGAUAUCUUUAUUACCUCCUAAGCUUCUGCAACAAGUACUCAAAAAGAUAACAUUUUGGACUGCAGCUAAUUACCGUAAAGAACAAAGAAUCCAAAAGGAGGAAACAGAAAAUAAGUAUCAGUGGAUCAGCAGCCUUUGAAUUGUUAUGUGCUUUGUCUCUUUAAAACAUUGUAAUCAGACUAUGCAUUUACCCUCUCCUCCAGUUUCAGACUUUAUUUAAAGGAUAAAAUUUCCAACAAAAAAUGCUCUGUUAAUGUGAUUACAUGAUAUGGGAUAUGUGGAAAUUAUAUGUAAAUGUAGAUUUAUCUAUUUAUAUUUGUAUACUUAUUUAUUUAUA